GAAGACAUCGCGGGAGACAUCCUGAAAUAACACGUAUUUGCAGCGACGAUGCGCCCGCGCCGCGGCGCUACCGUCGCGCGCUUAUCCGACGCCAUUUUCACACAAUCCCCGAGCUUUCCCGCACACAGAUCAGUAAGCAUCCCCCGCAGCGGCAGUGUUGCGAGACACGAGUCGUGUCGCAAGCGGUGGUGCCCUUGCACGUGCUGUCCUCACAUUACGUGUCGCUCUCCUACUCUACACGCAUAUCGACAAUCAUUUAAGUGUAAAUCAAGUUAAACAAGAUCCGAUGACACUCAUUCAAAAAGUUCAAGAAGGCAAGGAAGACAUCAUGACUGACAUCACGAUGAAGGAAGA